AUGGCUUACCAAAUUAGUGCAGGUCAACCUAUGGCUAUCGCUAUUAGUUCUGACGAUGAAUCGGAUUACCUGUUUGAAACAGGUCAACACGUUAAUGAUAACGAACAAAGUUUCGACGAUGAACAAGGUGUUAGCGAUGAACAAGGUUUCAAUAAUGAACAAAAUUUCGAUAACCAACAGGAUCCUAGCAAUGAACAAGAUUCUGAUGAAUGGGAUUCUGAUCCUUCGGAUGAAGAUUUUCAAGACCCAGAAAAUCCGUCUACGUGGAAGUUUAAUGAACAAUUCGUGACAUUAAAUUCUGAAGAAUUUACAGAAGAAGUCGAAAAAAUUGAGAAGUCUUUAUUAAUUAAAUUAGGUAAAGCGAAGUCAGAAAUCGUUAAUAAAAUUAAAUAUCGGCUUGAAUUUGAAGAAUAUCCAGAAACAUCCGAGAAUGGAGUCGCUUGUGUAUAUAAUGUUGCCGGCAUGGAUACUGAAAAAGCUCUUGAGAUCUUUGAUCUUAAGAAUAUUCAGUAUGCAUAUAAGGAUGGAACUACCCGUGAAAGUGUUUACUGUCCUUUUUUAAAAACUAAAGUUUACAAAGAAACAAGGACAUGUCGUGGUAUUAAAAUAUGCCAAUUUGCAGCACCUGAACUAGUCGCAAUGACACAUACAUCA